AGGCCUGAAAGAACAAGAAGGUCCCCUGAGAGACCACGGCGGCCACAGCCGUGUUAAUUAGAGGGGCAGGUGGCGAAGGGGAAAGGCCUCCUCUUGAGGGGGCUGGUGGAGAUCUCACUGCAUGCCGGCUCCUGCGACCUCCUUGCAAUGGCCUGCGGAGCACCGCCGACGUACCACCUCCAGCCUGGUAGACUCCUGCUCUGAGUUGGGAUUUGCCACCCCUUUAGCUCCCGCCACGUCCCAGAGAGCCCCACUGCGUUCUUGCCUCAAGGAUGUGCAACACAACACUAGUCAGCUGGAGCUGCCGCGUGGACUCAAAGAUCGACCACCUCUUUCCUCCGACGCUCUACAUCAUCGUCAUCACCAUCGGCCUCCCCACCAACGGCAUGGCUCUCUGGGCCGCUUACCUCCAGGUCAGGCAGAAGAACGAGUUGGGCGUCUACUUGAUGAACCUCUCCAUUGCAGACCUGCUCUACAUUGCCACUUUGCCCCUCUGGAUCGACUACUUCCUUCACUAUGACAAUUGGAUCCAUGGCCAGCAGUCCUGCAAGGUCUUUGGGUUCAUCUUCUACACCAACAUCUACAUCAGCAUCGCCUUCCUCUGCUGCAUCUCCGUGGACCGCUACCUGGCCGUGGUGCACCCUCUGCGCUUUGCCAAGUUCCGGAGGGUCAAGACGGCGUUGGCCAUCAGCCUGGUGGUGUGGACUAUAGAGAUUGGGGCUAACUCGGCCCCGCUCUUUCACGACGAACUCUUCCACGACCGCUACAACCACACUUUCUGUUUCGAGAAGUACCCCAUGGAGGAAUGGGUGGCCUGGAUGAACCUUUACCGGGUCUUCAUAGGUUUCCUCUUCCCAUGGAUGCUGAUGCUUUUCUCCUACCAGGGGAUCCUACGGGCCGUGCGUGGGAAUAUCUCCACCGAGAAGCAGGAGAAGGCCAAGAUCAAACGCCUCUCCCUCAGCCUCAUUAUCAUCCUCCUCUUCUGCUUCGCCCCCUACCACGUCAUCCUGCUCUCCCGCAGCGCUGUCUACCUAAGCAAGCCCUGUGACUGCAGCUUUGAGGAGAAGGUCUUUGUGGCUUACCACACUUCCCUGGCCUUCACGAGCUUGAACUGUGUGGCCGACCCCAUCCUCUACUGUUUUGCCAACGAGGGGGCCCGGAGUGACGUGACCAAGGCCCUCUCCACCCUCAUGCGCUUCUUGGCCAGCUCCAAACCCCAGGAGAUGGCAAAUGCCUCCCUCACCCUGGACACCCCCCUCUCCUCCAAGGCAGGCAGUUUCUGCCGGCAGCCCUUGGCGCUCGCGCUGCCCCCCUUGCCGGCUGAGGUGGGGAGGAGCGAGGAGGAACUCCAGAUGAAGAUACUGACUUUCCACCCGUGAAUGCUCCCUUGCUACACAUCUGGGCCCACUCAGUGAGACACCCUGAGGAUGCCUUCCUCCCAAUGGCAAUUUGCUGGGGCAGUAAACUGAGCGUUGAAAAUAAAAUAGUAUUAUAACAA